CAGCGCUCCGCGCCGCCCUUCGGCGCUUGCGCGGCUCCUCGGCGCCUGCGUGCUGGGGAGUGAGGCGGGCGCCGCUGCUUUUGGAGGGCUUGCGGGCGCGAGGCGGCUGGCGGGUCGCUGCAGCACGGUCGGGUGAGGGGAGCGCGGCCCGGCGGCGAGUGUUGGGUGCCCCCGGUUCCCUCCUUCAGGCACGGUGAGGUAGCACCGGGAAGGGGCAGGAAGGCAGGCAGACAGAUAGAUAGGUGGGUAGGUAGGCAGAGGAGAGCCGGCUGGGUCCCGCUGCCUCCUCAUCGUUAUGGCCGGCUCGGAGCAGCCGCCGCCGCGGCGGGAGGAUGGGGAAGCUCCGCUGCCCAUCGAGGACGCGGAGCUGGCGCUGGCCGGCAUCAAUAUGCUGCUGAACAACGGCUUUCGCGAGUCAGACCAGCUCUUCAAGAAAUACAGAAACCAUAGCCCAUUAAUGAGUUUUGGAGCCAGUUUUGUCAGUUUUUUGAAUGCCAUGAUGACAUUUGAAGAAGAAAAAAUGCAGCUGGCCUGUGAUGACUUAAAGGCGACAGAGAAACUUUGUGAAAGCGAAGAAGCCGGAGUUAUAGAAACAAUCAAGAAUAAAAUAAAGAAAAAUGUUGAUGGACGAAAAUCCACUCUAUCCAUGAUGGAUCGUCUACAAAGACAAAUAAUUGUAGCAGACUGUCAAGUCUACUUGGCUGUGCUCUCAUUUGUAAAACAAGAGUUAUCAGCAUACAUAAAAGGUGGGUGGAUACUCCGAAAAGCCUGGAAAAUUUACAAUAAGUGCUAUACGGACAUUAAUACACUUCAGGAAAUAUAUCAGAAGAAAACAACUCGGGAAUCCUUGACUUCUGAUGCUGCAAAUGAUAAUCAUAUUGCUGCAGAAGGUGUAACGGAGGAUUCGCUAAACAGACUGAAAGGUGCUGUUAGCUUUGGAUAUGGACUUUUUCAUCUUUGCAUAUCCAUGGUGCCCCCAAACCUGCUCAAAAUCAUCAACCUGCUGGGUUUUCCUGGAGACCGCCUACAGGGGCUUUCUUCACUGAUGUAUGCAAGUGAAAGUAAGGACAUGAAGGCCCCUUUAGCUACAUUAGCUCUGUUGUGGUACCACACAGUUGUUCGUCCCUUUUUUGCCCUUGAUGGCAGUGAUAACAAGGCAGGAUUGCAAGAGGCAAAAGAAAUUCUUGCAAAAAAAGAAUCUGCUUAUCCAAAUUCUUCUCUGUUCAUGUUCUUCAAGGGAAGGAUACAGCGAUUAGAGUGUCAAAUCAAUAGUGCCUUGACCUCAUUUCAUACCGCUUUGGAACUUGCAACAGACCAAAGGGAGAUUCAACAUGUCUGCUUAUAUGAAAUAGGUUGGUGCAGCAUGAUAGAGAUGAAUUUCAAAGAUGCAUUUGAAUCCUUUGAAAGGCUUAAAAAUGAAUCCAGGUGGUCCCAGUGCUACUAUGCUUAUUUAACAGCAGUAUGUCAAGGAGCCACUGGUGAUGUCAGUGGUGCUCAGAAUGUGUUCAAGGAAGUUCAGAAGCUUUUCAAAAGGAAAAACAAUCAGAUUGAACAAUUUUCAGUGAAAAAGGCAGAUAGAUUUAGAAAGCAAAUGCCAACCAAAGAACUAUGUGUCCUGGCAUCUAUUGAAGUAUUGUACUUGUGGAAAGCCCUUCCAAACUGUUCCCUCUCGAACCUACAGCACAUGAGCCAAGCUUGUCAGGAUGUUGAUGAUCCAUCGGCUGUUGGUUUGAGGAAUUUGCUUCUUGGUGCCAUACAUAAAUGCUUAGGAAAUUCUGAAGAUGCUGUUCAGUUCUUUCAGCGAGCUGCUAAAGAUGAACUGUGCCGUCAGAACAACUUAUAUGUCCAGCCAUAUGCUUGCUAUGAACUUGGUUGUCUUCUGUUAGACAAUCCAGAGACUGUGCCAAGAGGCAAAACCUUACUUCUCCAAGCCAAGGAGGAAUUUACUGGCUAUGACUUUGAGAACAGAUUGCACGUCCGCAUACACGCAGCUUUAGCCUCUCUAAGGGAAGUAGUUCCACAGUGAUGGACCGGAAAUCAUGUUAUCCUUUCCCACAGUUUCUGCACUUUAAGAUGAAGCAGAAGAAAAAGCUGUUGGGAAGACCAGCUUUUCUUCUGCAAACCACUUGUGCCAGAGACACUUUCCGAGUACGGUCAGGGUUGGUAUGGCUUGGUAAAACAUGACAAUUUUAACUAAAAGUAAAUCAACCAGGAAGAAGGUUAAGUGACCUUGUGUUUUUAACUCUUCAGGUUUUAUUUUGUUUAAACCAAGCUGAAAGCAAUUGCUUGUAAUAUUGUGGGUUAGCCUAAAUAAGCACACAUAAUUUAUUUUAACAAUAUUGGCAGGUGCGAUUUUUACCUUUUAAAAUAGGUAAAUUUUAAAAUGAAUUUAAAAUGAAAGGGGAGCACUUCUGGUUUCAUUAGAAUAAUACAAUAAAAAUAAUUGGUAUAAAAGUUGAAGUUGGGAAUGGUCAGAACACUUUGUUUUUUAACUCAAGUGUUAGCCAGUACAAAAAAGGACAAAAACUGUUCAGCCACAAAAAGCAGAUCUUACUAAAUUUUAGUGGCUUAUGCCAGUGACUUCAUGGGGACUAAUCUGUGAAUUUUAAACUUCACAUCCCCUUCCAUUCUUCAUUCCUUCCUCCCAGUCCAGCUCAUAAUUGUGAUAUAAAUGAUGCUAAUAUUUAGGAUCUUCGCUUCUGGUACAUUCCAGCCAAAUACUUACUUUGCUUGACAUGCAGUUAUGGUAUGGGCAGUUCUUAUUUAUGCUUUUAAUAUUCUGAAUAUUGCAUUAAAAUAUAUGGGACAGAUA